AUGUCGGCAGGCCGCCGCUCCGCCCCCAGCAGCGAGCAGAGCCGCCGCGUGCGGCUGUCAGGGAAGCGGAGCCCCGCACCCGCCGUGUCACCCGCCCGUUCCCGUCCCGUCCCGCAGCCCGGUUCCCGCACGGCGCUUAAAGGAGCCGCACCCGCACGGCGCAGCGCGGAGCUCCGUUACGCUCCGCGCACGCGCAGCACCGCUCGCCCGCCGGCCGCUCCCGCGCACGCUCUCCCUCCUCGCGCACGCGCAGCCCGGCCCGACGUGGCGCAGGCGCAGAGCCGCGCGCGGGCCAAGAUGGCGGCCGGGAGCGCCUCGCGCUGGCUCGGGGCCGCCGCCGCCGCCGCCGCCGUCAGGAGCCGCGGGCCGAGGGACGGGCGGCUGCUGCUGGUCUGGAUCGUCCGAGGGCUGGGCGCCGCGCCCGGCCCCGCCGCCCGCCGCCUCCUUCAGCCGGGCGCCGGGCCUCAGCACGCGGGGACGAAGCGCCUUCCCGCCGCCUCCUUCCACAGCAGCGCGGCCCGUAGCAAGGAGGACUACUACCAGGUGCUGGGAGUGCCGCGCUCCGCCACUCAGAAGGAGAUCAAGAAGGCGUACUACCAGCUGGCAAAGAAAUACCAUCCUGACACAAACAAGGACGACCCUAAAGCUAAGGAGAAGUUUGCACAGCUGGCAGAAGCCUACGAGGUGCUGAGUGACGAAGUGAAGCGGAAGCAGUACGAUGCUUACGGGACAGCCAGUUUUGAUCCUGGUGCAGCAGGUGCUGGUGCUGGGCGCCAGUACUGGAGCAGCGGUCCAUCGAUUGAUCCCGAGGAACUCUUCAGGAAAAUCUUUGGAGAGUUUUCAGGAUCCUCCUUUGGUGACUUUCAGAAUGUCUUCGACCAGCCGCAGGAGUACAUCAUGGAGCUGACGUUCACACAAGCAGCAAAAGGCGUGAACAAGGAGAUCGUGGUGAACAUCAACGAUGCCUGUGAGCGGUGCAACGGGAAAGGAAACGAACCUGGCACCAAAGUGCAGCGCUGCCACUACUGCAAUGGCACUGGCAUGGAAACAAUAAACACAGGCCCUUUUGUAAUGCGCUCUACGUGCCGAAGAUGUGGAGGUCGUGCUUCCAUCAUCACAACUCCGUGCGUGGUGUGCCGAGGGACAGGGCAAACCAAACAGAGGAAGACAGUGAUAGUUCCUGUGCCAGCUGGUGUUGAGGAUGGGCAGACAGUUCGGAUGCCUGUAGGCAGGAAGGAAAUUUUCAUCACCUUCCGGGUUCAAAAAAGUUCAGUGUUCAGAAGAAAUGGAGCAGAUAUCCACUCUGACCUCCUUAUUUCAGUAGCACAGGCUGUUCUGGGAGGGACAGCCAGAUGCCAAGGCUUGUACGAGACGAUCAAUAUCACAAUUCCCCCUGGUAUUCAGCCAGACCAGAGAAUUCGAAUGAGUGGGAAAGGCAUCCCCAAGGUUAACAGUUAUGGCUACGGAGACCACUACAUUCACAUAAAGAUCAAAGUUCCUCAGAGGCUGACGGAUCGCCAGAGAGCCUUAAUGAUGAGCUAUGCUGAGGAUGAGACAGACGUGGAUGGCACAGUGAAUGGAGUCACAAACACAGCAUCAGGUGGCAGGGCCACGGCUAGUGCUGACAGGCCUGAGGCUGAGGAGAACAAGGAGGGAUUCCUUUCCAAACUUAAGAAAAUGUUUAGUUCCUGAUACCCCAUCUGAGGGAAACGUUCUACUGGAAACUGAGAGCCAGCAGCAGCACAUCAUCUAAGCAGUUGGGGAUGAAUCCUGGCAGCAGGCACUGGAGUGAAGGAUGUCAGUCAGUAGCACACUGAGAAUCCCAGCUGGAGAGGCCACAAACCACUGAGGCACCAACAACCAUCAUGAUACAGAAGCAACCCGCUGUCCUAGGAAAUGGUAACGAAGGAAAAUGCCAGCUCUGCAGUAACGGAGAUAUUUCUUGAGGCUGCUCCACUGUCCCUGAUGCCACUGGAAGUUCAUUUGUUAAUAAUAGUAAAAAAUUGUUCAGAAUCCAAAGCAGUGGAAAUGUGAAAUAAAAAUUGUCCAUCCAGCACGGAGCAGUUUGCUGUAUGGAGCCUGAGAUUGCUGCUGCUCACUCAGGUGCCCUCAUGAACGCUAGAUGUGCUGUGUCAGCUUGGCACCGUGUGUUUUCUCCUAGGAGGUUUGGUGCAUCAGUGACUUCUAACAGUGUCUUCUGACACAAUCUCCCUUUUGCUGGGCUGUCAGAGCCCAGCUGCCCUGGCUUCCUCAGCAGCUCUGGGGGUUCUUAGUCCUGCUCAUUUCCUGCAGUGAUGGAAUCCGUGCUUUGCCUCAGGUUUCCUUCCACACCCGCCCCAAUUAACUGAAGUCACAGCGCAGACAGCGUUGCUCCUGAAAGGGUGAAAGUUAAUCACCGACCUCUUUGCCAGUUUGUCCAAACUAUUUUAUUACAUUAGCACAACACCCACAGCAUAAAUGAUUGGUCAAAAAGUCAUUGUUGCUACAUGUGAGAACAGAGGUGGAGUGGAUCGCCCCUUCCAGGCGGAGUUGAGCUCUUGCAGUGAGUAUUUUCAUGGUUAGUGUAGCCUGCUGUUUGCUGUGCUGUGCAGGCACCAUCACCCACAAACUGAUCGGUCAGUUCAACGAGAACGUCGCAGCCCUGCCCUUAAUUUGCUGAAAUAAAGCACGCGUUGCCUCCUGAUUAAACUGUCUGUAAAGUGAUUCUGUAUUCAUGUAAAUAAGAUGGACUUGAUAAAGAUAUUUAACAUUC